GCCCCUUCUCAACUUGAGAAUUUAAAGUUACAAAAUUUUAUUUCUCGUAGACUUCCUUUUUCUUUUUUAUUUAUUUUUUUUCAUUUUCGUUUUCAUUUUCUUUGGGGAUCUGAAUAAGAUUGAUCAGAUCGGGCCUGAAUGGCGGCAGCGAGACGGUUACGGGAGCUCCAAUCGCAGGCGGGCAACAAGAUGUGCGUGGAUUGUGCACAGAAGAACCCGCAAUGGGCGUCUGUAUCGUACGGCGUGUUCAUGUGCUUAGAGUGUUCCGGCAAGCACCGGGGCCUUGGUGUUCACAUCUCCUUCGUACGAUCUGUCACCAUGGACUCCUGGUCCGAGAUCCAGAUCAAGAAGAUGGAGGCCGGCGGCAAUGAGCAGCUCAACAAGUUCCUCGCGCAGUACGGAAUCCCCAAGGAGACCGAUAUUGUCACCAAGUAUAACACCAACGCCGCAAGCAUUUACCGGGAUAGAAUCCAGGCUCUGGCCGAGGGCAGAUCCUGGCGUGACCCACCAGUUAUCAAGGAAUCGGUUGGCAGCAAGAAGAAGCCCCCCUUGUCGAAUAACCGUGGUGUUGGUGGUGGUGGAGAUGGUAAUUUUGGGAAGAAUGGGGGUUGGGAUAGUUGGGACAACGAUGAUGGGUUUAGAUCCUCUACCGAUUUGAGGCGGAAUCAAUCGGCUACUGAUUUCAGAGCCGCAAAUGCGGGUGGUCGUGGCCCUGGGGGAGGGAUUCCGGUCAGGUCAAGAUCGACGGAGGAUAUCUAUACUCGGGCUCAGUUAGAGGCGUCCGCAGCCGAUAAAGAGAGCUUUUUCUCAAGGAAAAUGGCGGAGAACGACUCCAGACCCGAAGGCAUCCCGCCCUCCCAAGGCGGCAAGUAUGUUGGUUUCGGAUCCAACCCCGCUCCUCCCCCAGGGAAUAAUUCUCAGGGGGAUGUUUUCUCUGUUAUGUCUCAGGGCAUUGGUAGGUUAUCUUUGGUUGCUGCAUCCGCGGCUCAGUCUGCUGAUGAGUGGGCUGGUGACUUCAAAGUGAAAGAUAAAUUCCUGAAGAUCUUUGAGAUUGCUAGUGAGAGGGAUAUUCUUGUGGAGAAGGCGUUUGAGAAGGGAGAAGGGGGGGGGGGGGGGGGUGGUGGUGUAUACAGAAUUUGGGAGUACACAUAUGGGAUUAGGGGGAUGAAGUGGGCCAUGGCGGGUAGUGUUAGCAAGGAGUUGUGGGUGCGGGCUGGGAAUGCUGCAGCUGGCAUGUGCAAAUUGGCUGUCAGAUGGGAUAUGCAGGUUCUGGUGUUUCAGAGCUGA